CUGUUAUAAUUGGGGGUCCCGGGGCUCGGGGGACCGUCGGUGCGAAGCUCUGUGCGUGGUCCUGCUCGGUUCUGUCCGGCCCGGCCAUGUCUGACCCAGCUCAGCAGCCUGCUCCCGGGGCUCCCGAAGGAGGGGCUCCCGAAGGAGGAGCUCCCGAAGGGGCAGCCCCCGGCGGGGGUCCCCCCGGGGCUCCCCCCAAUCUGACCAGCAAUCGCCGCCUGCAGCAGACGCAGGCCCAAGUGCAGGAGGUGGUGGAUAUAAUGUGUGUAAACGUAGACAAGGUGCUGCAGCGAGACGAGAUGCUGUCGCAGCUGGAUGACCGGGCAGAUGCGCUUCAGGCCGGCGCCUCAGUGUUUGAAAGUAGCGCAGCAAAACUCAAAAGGAAGUACUGGUGGAAGAACUGCAAGAUGAUGAUCAUGAUGGGAGUCAUUGGUGCCCUUGUGGUGGUGGUGAUUGGAAAAAACAAUUCUUCAUUGGUGUUGGAAUAUAAGUUCAGGACCCAAAUGAAGACCUCCAAGAGUAGGAUGCUGUUCACAAUGUAUCUUGGAGCAUGACUGGAAUAAAGGUAAGUGCCCCUUUGUUUUGCUUCACUGUACAUUUGAAACUCAUUAAAAGAAAAUUACAGAGCUUUGUCCAGUGCAGACUUCUUUUGAAAUUAGGUACUUGUGCCCUUAUCUGCCCUUACUGCUACAAAAGGCAGGUUGUAAAACAGUCUUCCCUGUGGCUUCUGGUUCCCUUUUGAUCAGUCAUUGUCCAGUCUUAAACAUCAUCGAAAUCACACCCGAACAAUGAACACACCAGAACAACUCUCAAUGGUGAAUUGGGAGCAAGGCAGCCAGACUAAUUCUUCAAAGACGGAAGCCUUCCUGGGAAAGGAGGGUGUCUGGACUGGCUGGUGGAAUAAAGCAGCAUGUACAGUCUAAAAUUCCACACAGUUCAGGCCUGCACAACCUGAACGAACGAGUCGUGCUACAAUUCCUGCCAAGUUUGUGUUGUGUUCCUGUCAGUUCUCAGCGUCAUUCACGUACGGGGAUAGGGAAGAUGCGUUCUUAGGACAGAUUCAUUUUUAGGUUGUUGAUGAUGCAGUGUCCAAGUCUCUAGCCAAAGCUGGGGAUUCAAUGCUCAUUUUCAGACACUGGCAAUUACUCUGGAGCACAGAGCUGGGGCUGAACAUACUGCUGAAAGCUGUCCCAGGGUUGAACUCAGUUCAUGAGUCAUGCUGUGGAUGUUUGCAAAGACUUGCAUGUCUAGCCAUAACUCUUCUGGUAGGCAUUCAAAAUACCAUGUUCUAGUGGAAGCUCUUCCGAGCUGCCAUCCUGUACUGCAUCAGCGUUUCUGCUGCUCCUGCAGUCUGUUAUCCCAGACAAAACAGGGUUUUAAAUGUGCUCUAAAAGCAAGGCCAAAGCUUUGGGAGAACAGUUCUUGAUAUGUCUAAUUAAAAAUUCAAGCUCUGCCUUUAAACAUGGAACAUGCUUAACAUGCCUUUGAACUGGAACAGGUUGCCCAGAGAAGCUGUGGAUGCCCCAUCUCUGGAGGUGUUCAAAGCUGGGCUGGAUGGGGCUUUGGGCAGCCUGGUCUAGUGGAAGGUGCCCCUGUCUAUGGCAGGGAGUUGGAGCUAAGAUGAUCUUUAAGGUCCCUUCCCACCCAAACCAUCCUGUGCAACAUGCAGCUGCCAUAUCAACUGCUUCAUCCUGAUGUCUUGAUAUGUGAAAGAAAAGCCUCAACUGUACUACUCCUAAACGGAUAUACCCUAAACCUUCAUCUUUUUAUGUGCCAGGUUUUUGCUCAUUCAUUGCUCUGGCCUUUCCUGAGGUGCCUCUUUGCUGGUCAAAGCCGGGUGCGGGCUCUCCUCAGUGGUGGGGUUUGUUGUCUCAGCUGGAGAGUAACCAAAUGAUGGUGGGGAAGACAGAUUUUUAUUCAGAGCUGGAAUGAAGCAGCAGCAGUUUUUUAAUGAACCUGGCUUCCUUGGGAAGUGACAGAGGUCCCUGCUCUCAUCUAUCCACCGGGGUUGGAAGCCUUAACUUGGUGAAGAGAGAUAAUAAGGGGGAGGUUUUAUCUUUGUUCUGACCUGUAAACAAAUAAUUGCUCUGACAGAUGUAACAGAUAAAGAUACAGGUUUUACAAAUAGGCAACUCAGCCAUGUCUGUUGGAUACCUGAGCCUCCAUACCCUGAUGAUCUUUGACCUAUUUUUGGCCUGAGAUAGAGUGCAGCACUUACCCAGAACACCCUCAUUUGCUCCCCAUGAACAGCCCCAUAACAUCCUUUCCUUCAGUGCACAGGCCCACUAAAUGAUUUCUGAAGAGGACAAAAUGACACUUGCUUUUUAUAUUCUUUCCUCAGAGGCUUCUUUUCCAAGAGCCUUUGUACUAUUUUUUAAAACUAAAUUUGCCAUAAAUUUAUUAAAAUUAGUAAAGAUUAUAAGCUCUUUUUAGUUCAUUGCUUUUAAGCAUACACCUGGAAGCUGAAGACACUUUCCUCUCUUGUGCUUAGAAGCCCCCUUUCAAUAUUGCAUAUUGUUAAAUGCAAAGAAAUGUGACUGAACGUGGUUGUGCCCCUGGUAUGCUCCUGAUCUCUGUGGUUCCUCUGUGUCCUUUCACCAGCAGCACUACUGCCCUCUUUUCACUUCUUCGUGUAGCCUGUAACCCCAUAGGUUUUAGUGAACCUAACCUGUCCCAAGAGCUUGGUAACUCUUUCUUCAAAUUCCUUCUGAGUUGGACCACAGUCUGUGCAGACAAACCUUGACCUAUAUGUCCAGCUUCUCUUAACCCUCCAGCAAACAGGGUUUAGUUCUUCUAAAUAUAUUAUUUUCCAAACUGAUGGUUCUCUCUUUUUUUUUUUCUAGCUUCCCUAGACACUUAUGUUGUACUUCCUUGCCUUUCCUGUAUUACCUUAAUUCUUAUGGAAAAACAAUAGUUUUGACAUCUGUUCCCAGUCCAAAAAACCACAUUUUCCAUGUCCUCAAAAUAACUCUGCUAUGCCUCU